AUGGCCAGGUAUCGAGAGAUCGAGUAUCAGAUUAUGCGGGAAAUCGUCAUACAAAUGGCAAGAGAGGGGGCUGUAAACAUAGGACCUGGAAGGGGGGAGGACGUUUCUAUGGAUGUAGACAGCGUGGAGCAGAUUCCAUGGACUUGCGGUCGGCGGCACCAACCGCAACCGCAAAAUGGAUGGCCGUUUCCGCCAACGGGAAAGGGACCAUUUCCUGCCCUGGAGGCCUUCAAAGGCAGAUUGCAUUUGUAA